AUGCCUCGUUCCUUUCUGGUGAAGAGCAAGAAGGCCCACACCUACCACCAGCCCCGUUUCCCGGAGGAUGUCCUGCCCUCUGCCGCUGCCCUCAGCUCGGCUGAACAGGGCGGGGUGAUGGUGGACACAACUUCCUUCAGCUUCCCAUUCCAAAGUCAGGACCCGGAAUGGACAAUUCCCAAGGAAGACAAGGACCCAGACUCGUGCCUGAACAGGACCAUUUCAGCUCCAGAGACGUCCAUCUCGGCCCUGCAGGUCCAGGACCCCAAUUCGCCCCACUACUAUAAGCCCAGCUUCCCCUGGGAUGCCUUCCCCCGACCGUACGGCUACCAGCAGCUGUCCUCCACCAUCCAGUCUGUCUUCGUGGAGCGUUCGGUCAGCUUGUAUGGCGGCCCCCUGGGCCCCAGCUCGGAGCCCCCGCUGGAUUACAGUGUGCGCUACUCCCCAAGCCUGGACACCUACCACUGUAUCAAGUGCAACAAGGUGUUCUCCACCUCCCACGGGCUGGAGGUGCACGUCCGGAGAUCGCACAGCGGGACCCGGCCCUUCGCCUGUGACAUCUGCGGGAAAACCUUCGGUCACGCCGUGAGUUUGGAGCAGCAUACCCACAUCCACUCCCAGGAGUCCAGGCCUGCUCUCCCGCUCAAAAUAACCUGCCCCGCGGCCACGCCUGCGCCUGACCCCCCGGGGCCCCGUUUCCUCCGGCAGGAGAGGAGCUUCGAGUGUAAGAUGUGCGGGAAGACCUUCAAGCGCUCGUCCACUCUGUCCACCCACCUUCUCAUCCACUCAGACACCCGGCCCUACCCCUGCCAGUACUGCGGCAAGCGCUUCCACCAGAAGUCGGACAUGAAGAAGCAUACCUACAUUCACACCGGAGAGAAGCCCCACAAGUGCCAGGUGUGUGGCAAGGCCUUCAGCCAGAGUUCGAACCUCAUCACCCACAGCCGCAAGCACACCGGCUUCAAGCCCUUCAGCUGCGAGCUAUGCUCCAAGGGCUUCCAACGCAAGGUGGAUCUCAGACGGCACCGGGAGACCCAGCACAGCCUCAAGUGA